AUGCGUCGAAAGAAGGGCUUGGUUUCGAAACAGCAAUCACCGUCGCAAAAUAAGCAAAAGACAGUCGACCCUGCCCCAAAGGGCAACCCGUCAUACUCACUCUUCUUGCCGACCUUCUAUCCCAUGAGCACAACAACACCCCCACCAGAGGAAAAUACCAAAUGUCCAACUUCUUCGUCAUCAAGCACCGCCUCGACAGUCGUCGAAGAGCCCCAAGAUGAUGUCAUCAAGCCCAUUCUCACCCGGGUGAGUGUGCCCACACCCUCCCGAGUUUCGAUGGGCACACAGACCAUUGAAACCGGUGAAGAGACGAUGCCGAUGGGUUCGUUGCCUCUCCAUUUUGUUUGCACCCACUGCCAAGUUCCUCGCAGCGUCCGGCUACAUGGUCUGUGCAUUUGCAUAUACUGCCUGCAGCACGAGCAGAAGUACUGCGUCCGAGGACAGCAUGAGAUGGACCGACCAGACUUUGUUGACUUGGAUGGGAUGGAGUAUGAGGUCUGCAACCAGUGCCGGAGCAGAGACUCUUAA